GCUCUGCUCUGUCUAUAGCCCAAUCGGGUACGGCUUUCAUCCUUGACUAUCCAACCAUGGUUCUGGCAUCCGUUGUCCACGACGUCGUCUCGCGUGCACUUACCCUGAGAUUCAGAACCGUACACGCGAAUUUUCUCAACCACAGCACCAUCCAUCCCCUUAGUGCUAUAACAGCAUCCCACAGCUCCUAGCCCUCCAUCUCUCCAUCCUCACUCUCACUCUCACACCCUCUAUCCUCCAUCCCACAGCACCACAACACCAAAUGCACCCCAUCCCAAACCAAAACACCACUUUCUCCUUGCCCCCCAUCACCCCAGGCGCCACCUUCGCCACGCCCCGCCAGGAGUCCCCCAAGACACCACCAGCCAUGGACACCCCCGCCGCCUACGAAGCUGCCAUGCGGCGCCUCCUGAAGCACGCACCCGCGCCCGAGCGCGUGCCCCUAAAAAUGACGCGGCCAAACCACAUAUCCCCCGCCUACGCGCUCUGCCUGUACAAUGCAUACGCCGAGUGCAGGAGACCCGUGUUCAGAGAGAGUCUGCGGAGCGUGGUAGUCAGGAGGGUGGAGGACAGGCUGAGCAAGGGGAGCGUGAGGAAGGUGAAUGCGGGGUUUUUGGAGAGCGGGGAUAGAACGGUUGGGUGGCUGCGAGGGACGGCGGUUGAGGAGGUGAAGAAGCCACUUGAGAAGAAGGCGAAAUGUGAGAAGGGUGAUUUGAAGAAGCAUGGCGGUUCCCGAGGUCUUUCAUCACAGUCUACGAACGUCGCCUCUCAGCUGCAUCUCGAGCGCGCAAGGGAGGAUGUGAUGGUGCAGCUCGCGAGGAAGGAGCGGUGCGAGGGAUGUGCGUCCUGCGAGAGCAAAGCAAGCAGGCUCGAGAAACUGCAAAAGGUGCUUAGCAGGCAGGAAGCGGAAGCUAAAAGGUUGAGGGAGCAAGAGGAAAGAGAGCAGGCGAGGAGAGAACACAAAGAGAGGAAGGAGAGGUGGGAGGGGGAUCUUGAGGAGAGAAGAAGGGUCGAGACUGAGCGCGAGCGGAAGAGGAUGGAUGAGGAGAGGCAGAAGGGGCAGGUGCGAUCGGCUUGGCGGCUGAUACGGUGUCUUGGGGGAGGAGGGAGCGCUGGGUAUGGGCGGGGCUUUAGAGCGUAGCUGGAGGAGGGCUUAGGGAUAAGGUCGGGGAAAGUGUACGCUUUGCCGGAUAGCUUCAGAGGGAGCGAUGUUGACACG